AUUUUAAUCUCAUUCCUUCGUCAUUUUCGACUAGUCCACUGCCCCACGAAAAAGAAAUUAAAGCUCCUAUGCUUCUCCGCCUAAAUCCAUAUUGAGGCACUUCCAUUUCUAUAUUGCUGGGCCUUCGACUUCGUCUUCGUCUUCCACCUUCCUGAGUUGCUUCUAUCAGCUCAGGAAGUGGAGCUUUCUGCAUCUGAAAUGGAGCUAGUUCCUCAUUCUGAUUCACAUUAUUCCACCACCCCACCACUACGUGAUGAUGUGUUUCCAUCAGAAUCUAACAGAAACCCUUCCCCGACACCGUCAACUCCAACAUCUCAACCCCAUGCGCCGCCGAGUACCGGCCACCCAGAGCAGAAAAUCACCCUCUCUGGCGAUCCCCAGGUACGACUUGCUUUAUACAUAGCCAUGGCCCAUGCAGGGCUUGUCUUAGCCUUUUUUAUACUAUACACUGUGUGUAAGCUCUUGGAAGAAUAUCUCCGGCCUCUUCUUUGGGCUGUGCUGUGUUCUAUUCCUCUCAGAGGAAUUCAGCAAACCCUCGUCACGUUUUGGGAAGAACCCUUGAAAUUAGGAUUCACGGAGACAGUACUCGCAGUUCCAGUUUCUAUAUUUUGUGUCUUUGUCGGAACCCUCGUUGAGAUUCGCAAAGCAGUUUUUCGGUUUCUGCUCGGAAAACCAAAAUCUCACGAUGAUGAUGAGGCUUCAACAGUAAGGAAACGUACUGGUUUUUCCAAUUUACUUCGUUUGCUCUUGUCCUUUGGGAUAUUCCUAAUCACAUACGAGAGCCUCGGAGGUGUUGUAUCAUUAUCGCUUCUGGGAUUAGGCUUUGUGUUUAGCUCUAAACACGUAAAUUCGACCAUGUCCACGUUGUCUUCAUUCAGAAGUAAUAACAUGAACAGCUUCAAACGUAGUAAGAUUAGCGCCUUGUUCACACGAGCAAUACUGAAAAGGCUGAAAACAAUUGUAGCAUUGGGGUUGAUUGUUGGUAUGAUUAUGGGGUCUUUGUUUGGUGUGAUAUUCUUCUCUUACAGCACCGCAGUUGAAGGGAAAGACGCCAUGAUUAUGCUGAAACAACGUGUAGAGAAGAGCAAUUAUGCUGAGAAAAUUGGUGUGAAGAAGUGGAUGGAUGAGAAUGAUGUUCCUGAACUGGUAGAUAAGUACAGUACCAAGUUAUAUGAGGCAGUGUCUGAUCAGAUAGACAGAUUGGCAAUACAGUACAAUAUAACUGAGAUUGUGACGAGCAUAAAGCAUUUUGUGAUAAAUCCUCGUGUUAAUGAUAAUUCUUCAUCAUCACCUUCAUUGACUUUACUGGCUCACUCAUCAUCAUAUUUUACAGAAAAGCUCUUGCACUUGAAAACCCAGUUUAGAAACCGUGAGUGGAACCAGAUUCAUACAGAGCUUGAUACCAUGUUUAGCGAAUUUGCAGUUACUCGCCAUGAAUUAGUUCAGAAAGCAAGAGAAUUUGCUGGUAGUGGUACUACAAAUGUGGUUGGAAGUGCUGCAACAUUCUUUUUUUCCGCAGCCAAUUCCAUAAUCUCAGGAGCUGCAGGGGUUUUAAACUUUGCAUCUCAGUCAAUGGUGUUUUUCUGGGUUUUGUAUUUUCUCAUCACAUCAGAUUCUGGUGGAGUAACAGAACAAGUGAUUGGUAUGGUUCCAGUUUCAAGCUCAACUAGGGUUAGAUUUGUAGAAGUUCUUGAUAAUGCUAUUUCAGGAGUGCUUCUAGCUACUGUAGAGAUUUCAUUCUCUCAGGGAUGUCUCACUUGGCUCUUGUUUAAGCUACUCAACAUUCAUUUUCUGUACAUGUCAACUGGACUUGCCUUUGUCAGUCCUCUAAUUCCACUAUUUCCAUCGUGGCUUGCGACAAUCCCGGCAGUUCUGCAGCUAUUUCUGGAAGGAAGAUACAUUGUGGCCAUUAUCUCAUCUGUUAUUCACAUUUUCCUAAUGGAUUAUAGUGCAUCUGAGAUUAUGGAAGAUGUUCCUGGGAAUAGUGAAUACCUUACUGGUCUUACCAUCAUUGGGGGAAUGACUUUGUUCCAUAUAGGUCUAGAGGAUGCUAUAAUGGGGACACUGAUAACUACAGUUAUGGUUGCUCUGAAGGAUUUAUACGUUGAAUUUGUUUUGGAUGCACCAAAAGACAGGACGAAGCAGAAACAAACCUGAGUCUCUGCCUCUCUGCAUUAUUAUAUAUUCUUAUUAGGCCUCAGCAGGAUUCUUCCAAAGUACUAGAGAGGGAGAAAUGUGAGCAAGCGUGAUUAGAAAGGAAAGAAAGAAAUGAAGUAAACUAUAUUCUUAGGUUUAAUUAAUACUUUGUGAUCUUUGAAUCCUCAUACUUGCGGAUUUUCAAAUGUGAUUGAAGACAAAGGUGAAGAGAAAUAAGAACUUUUGGAACCCAAUCACCAUCACGAAGUGCUUGUUAAAGCCAACACUUUCUUAGUUUCAAAUUUUGAUUGCCUCAAGGAAGUGAAAUUGGAUUUGGUGCAUAUAUUUCCUUGUAACCAGAGAUAUGGAUCAAAGUGCACUUCUUAUGUGGACCGUUUAGAUAA